AUGUUAUAUUACGGCCUCGUCGUCAUCGGAACGGCUGCGAUUGUGCUGGUUCUAUACAAUCUCGUCGUCGUAAAAUGGUGCACAGAAUACUCCGAUAGCACGCGCCUUCGACGUACCACUAACCUCGAACGAAGAUUCAAGAAACCGAACAAAUUCUCACUGUCCAGCUACAAGUACAAGAAAGAUAGAGCAGGGGAAGAAGAUGAUGAUUCUGAAUGUGCAGUUUGCCUAUCAGUGUUUGAAGAAGGUGAAGAAAUAAGGCAGCUUCCACAGUGCAAGCACUGUUUUCAUGCUCCGUGUAUUGAUAUGUGGCUCUAUUCCCACCUUGAUUGUCCGCUUUGUCGUUCCCCGGUUCUUCGCCAGUUUUCUUCUGUCACCGAGCAAUCAGAGAACUCUCAGGAAGGAUUGUUAGAUCCAGGCAACUUGGUUUAG